AAAUCUUACCAAAUGUGUCAUUUUGGCUUUUACUUGCAUCAUGUAUAACUAGUUAACUGGUGCAUGUUAGUAAUGUACGGUGGUAUGUGUAGCUACAAACAGGGCUGAAUGACAUUUUCGGCGCAGGGAGGCGUUAGCACCACUAGUCUGAACCAGAACUAGCUGUGCUGCGGGGCAGACAGUCAGAAAAUAAGCUGGCUGCUUGCUUGCAACAGAGCUUGGAACAUCGACUUAGCAAGAAGAUAAAAAGAAAAAACUGGAACGCCACCACGGAUUUUUUGUGGGACAAACGUACAGGCCUCGCUGCUAAAACGAUGCCUCACACUAGACGGUACUCGUCUUCGGACAGAGACAGUCGAAGCAGCUACCAAGACCGUUACAGAGACAGAGAUAGAGACAGAGACAGAGGGCGAAGACACCGGCACAGAAGAUCACCUACCUACUCUUCAAGCAGUGACAGAGACAGAGAUCGAGACAGAAGGGGACGGGGACACAGACAGGAAGGAAGUUACGUACGCUCACGGAGUCGCAGCUAUGACAAUCGCUCAACGGAGCACCGGCCAUUCGACCGAAGAUACUGCGAGGGAUCCAGACGCUUGGAUCAGAGCCGAGACCGAGACCGCGACAGAGAAAGGGAGCCACACGGAGCAGCUGAAAGUUACUAUCCACGCGACUUCUCCCCAAGCAUGUACGACUACCGACGCGGCCGCGAAAGGGAGCGUGAACGGGACGAGUCGUACCGGCGGAAAGGCAGCAGGCGUAAGCACAAACGAAGGCGGCGUAGAACCAGGUCCUAUAGCCCAUCCUCCUCGCGGAGCAACAGCCGGACGCGGGCAGUGAGUGUGAGGGACGACGAGGAAGGGCACCUGAUCUGUCGGAGUGGGGACGUCCUGCAAGAGAGAUAUGAGAUUGUCAGCACUCUGGGGGAAGGCACCUUUGGGAGGGUGAUGCAGUGCGUUGACCAUCGCAGGGGAGGGGCCCAUGUUGCUCUGAAAAUUAUCAAAAAUGUGGAGAAAUACAAGGAAGCAGCUCGCCUUGAGAUCAACGUACUAGAGAAGAUCAAUGAGAAGGACCCCGACAAUAAAUUCUUGUGUGUGCAGAUGUAUGACUGGUUUGACUACCACGGUCACAUGUGUCUCUCCUUUGAGCUGUUAGCUCUCAGCACCUUCGACUUUCUAAAGGAAAACAACUAUCUGCCCUAUUCGAUUGGUCAGGUCAGACACAUGGCCUACCAAAUCUGUCUCGCUGUGAAAUUUCUCCAUGACAGUAAGCUGACACACACAGACCUGAAGCCUGAGAACAUCCUUUUCGUCAACUCAGACUUCACAAUGUCCUACAAUGUAGAAAAGAAGCGAGAAGAGAGGACAGUUAAGAGCACAGCAGUACGCGUGGUGGACUUUGGCAGCGCCACAUUUGACCACGAGCACCACAGCACCAUUGUGUCCACGCGGCAUUACCGUGCCCCUGAGGUCAUACUAGAGCUGGGCUGGAGUCAUCCUUGUGAUGUGUGGAGCAUUGGCUGUAUCCUGUUUGAGUACUACCUGGGCUUCACCUUGUUUCAGACUCAUGACAACAGGGAGCAUUUGGCCAUGAUGGAGAGAAUCCUGGGACCAGUGCCCUCUAGGAUGAUUCGUAAGACGAGGAAACAGAAGUAUUUCUAUCGGGGCCGCCUGGACUGGGACGAGAGUUCGUCAGCGGGGAAAUACGUCAGAGAAAACUGCAAACCCUUACGGCGGUAUCUGCUGUCGGAGGCGGAGGAGCACCACCAGUUGUUUGACCUCAUUGAAAGCAUGUUGGAGUACGAGCCCUCCAAGAGGCUGGUGCUGGCCGACUCCCUCAAGCACCCUUUCUUCGAGAACGGGGGGAUCGGCGAGGCAGCAGGCAGCAAGAACUGGGAGGGCAACCGGGACAUCAGCCGGUGACCCACAAACCCCCAAAGACUGAAUGACAGAGGAGAUCAAGUCUUUUAUAUGUGGAGCAGGUGAACUGUUGAAUAACGUGAGGCUUCGGAUGUUUUUCUGUCGUUUUUUCAUUAAAGCAUGGACACCUAAACUUCUUGCUCCUCCACCCUGCCCAUCUGUGUCCACCUCUGCAAGCCACGAGAGGCAUGUUUUUGCCGCAGAGACCAAAAUAACCCACAAACGGCUGGAGAAGAGUCUAAAUGAAUCUUUUUCUAGCGGUUAAAGCCUCAGUAGAGGACAAAAUUUUUAAACAGAAGAUUGUUUGUACCCAAAGUAGCCCUCUAUGCAGCUCGUCUUCCUUUUGACUUCUGAAACACCUUCCUCCCUUCCGUCCGUCCGUCUGUUAUUUUCAUCAACAUGUAAAGAAAAUAAUUCACCUUUUUGAUGAAAUAAGCACUACUGAAGCCGGUCAUUAAAAAAAAACAACAAGUUUUGGAGAAUAAAUGUCUUCAGAUUCUGAAGUCUAAGGAAAGGGGGGAAAAGGAGAUAGAGCUGUAUAUGCAGCACAAGUCCUCACCCACAUAAUGAUAAACACAUUAUGUGGAGGCACCUGUCAUCAGUCAGAUACUAUGCUAACGUCAAACAUUAAAAGUUAAUAUCAUAUUUCAUUGGGAACUAUGAUUGAAGAGGGCAAACUAGUAAAAUAUUUUUUCGUUUUGUUCCAAAACAAAUACAAAAAAAGAAACAAUGCAAAUUGCAAGCGUCUCAAAUUUUUGUUUACGUUUUUGUUAAGUGAGCGCUUGCACUGCGCCAUAAUUUUUUAAUGUUAUAUUUUUUUUAUGUAUAAAAAGAUUAUCCCCUAUAUGGAAACUCUUGCCCUUAAUAUCUGGCCAUAAGGCCUGUUAUUAUUCGCCAAUGAGAUGAUAAUGGUGAUGGACACUCCACACACACAGGCCUCUAUAGCCUGUCUUAUUGAUAGAUAUGUUUGUUACGUUAAUGCUAUGCUUUCUGUGUGCGUGUGUGUUUGUGUGAGAGAGAGAGAGAGCCUGCGUGCGUGCGUGUGUGUGUGUGUGUAUAUAUGUGUGUGUAGGGGUGGUGUGGGUGACACAUCCAUGUUAAUGUUUUGCUCUGACUUGGUAGUUCUUCAGCAUUAGUCAUGGGAACAUUCUCACAUACUUUCAAACACAUAAAACAUAAACUGCCUUUGUCCUUUGUGUGAUAUGGUCAGACUUGUCGUCUCCACUGAGGUUAAGCACACAGCUCCUGGUGGCAGCCAAUGAGCCACACACAACUCCUGUUGAUGGUAUUUAUUUUUUGGUAAUUUUUUUGAGUUCAGAUAGGUCAUUGUCCCCACCCCCCCACCUGUACAUGAUUUGUUUUUUUUGUAUGAAAUUAAAGCGUAUAAAACUGUAUAUAUGUAUGAUUGUGUAGAAUUAAAGUUAUGUCCUCCUUUCCAAA